GUAUUUUUAGCUAGCUGUUAGCCUCAUUUAAAUAGCACGUCAACGUUUGGUUGCUUUUGACGGAUAGCUAACGUUAAGCUAGAUACCGGCUACACUAGCUAGCUGGUGGUAAUGUAAGCUAAUCAGUUGCUGUGUUGUAACAAGGUAGCGGAAUGCGAUUUGGGUUUUUCACCUUAUUUUAAACCUAAACAGUUAAUUAAACACAAAUAUCUAGCUUUACAUUUCACUAACAACUUGUGUUUACAUGGCUUCACAUUCAUGUCCAUGUCAUGACAUGACAUGUCACCUGUCUGUCCAGGAAUAAGAGACUGGAUAAAAUGACAGGACGUCAGUAAUUGUUUUACGGAUUAUUCACAAAGCCAGAGAUUUAUGUUAAUCUGUUGUGUAAAAAUAGCUAUUAGGGAUGUUGAAUUCAGCCAGCGUGUUAUUUUCCUUUACACACAAGGGAGCAGUCCUUGUGUGUUUAUGUUGAAGGUUUAAUACAGGCACUAAUCCAUGAUCCUGAAGUGGCUGCUGUAGGCGUAGGAAUUGGUUUGAACUGUUCAGCUAAGUAGCACAAAGCUGCGGAUAAUGUUUCCUGUAUCAGUUUACUGACUGCGGCCAGUACUGGCCACUUUUUCCACUCCAGGAUCAGCACCAGAAGGGGAGUCAUAGAGCUGGUGCAUGAGGCCUUCAGGUCCUGCUAGGAGAACCCAUGGAGCCAGACAUCAUGCCAUUGCACUCCUCCUCCCCCCCUCCACUGGAUGAUGAUAGUGAUGGGGAGACGGGAUCAGAGGAGGACGAGUUUGGGGACUAUGGGGGAUUCUCUGUUGGGGGGUCCUGCUUGCCUCCUGGCUUUGCUGAUUCUUCUGAUUCACCAUCAAGCCUCAGAUAUCCUUCUCCUACCAUAAAGCCAGCCACCCAUCAACCCAACUGCAGCUUUAAUCCCCCAGCUGAACAAUUCCAACCCACUUCCACUUUGAACUCAGGGUCCGGCAGGGGCCAGAUACACGUGGAAGGGCAGGAUUGUAAUGCUGAAUCACGUGUGCACCUCACAAAUCGGUACUCUGAGAGAGACCACAACUCUGGGACCCACAUAGCCUCUGCAGUGGGUGCAUGCUCUCCCAGGGAAGAAACAGGGUUUGCUGAUUUCACUGUGUUUACAGAGCAGGCAGCACAUCCCUGGUGCUGUGGCUUCACUCCCUUGGGCAGCACAGAGCAAUGGGAUGGCAGAGCAAAUGGGACAAACAGCUUGGGUGAAGAAAUCUGUGAUCCAGGACAGGAGGUUAUUAUGGACUCUGAGCCCAGAUCUCGUUGUGCAUAUAAGGCAAAAGAAAAUGUUUGCACUGAGGUCAAGCACUGUGAGAAAAGAGAUGCAGCACUCGUGCAACCAUCUCAGGACCACCAUCAGCCUCAGGAAGCUGCAGCCGCUUUGGAUUUUCCAUCUGAAGAGCCUCAUUCUGGAGAGGAGGAGUUAGGCAACCCUGGGGACGGUCAGAGGGAAAGGAGGCGUAGUUUUAAUUCUUUACAAACCACAGAGGUGCAGGAGGAUGGAGAGUCAGAAGAAGACAGAGAAGAUCGAGAAAAGAGCAUUUCUUCUGUCCCCCAAACAUUCAGUGUGUAUGAGUCUGCUUCAGAGGACCUGGCAUCCUUCUGUGAUGAUUUGUCAUUUGAGGGUCCCUUUGCGGACUUGGAACCAAAUAUUUCAUCUCUUGCUUCACAACAGGAUCAGACUGACUGGGACCAGACUGAUGAUGAGGAAGAAGAACUGGGAAACUACAGGCGUUCUGACUCUAUUGUCAACAACAGCAUGACAAAUCUCAGACAGGCAGAGAAGGGUUUUCAUUAUUGCGACCAAUCUGUGACUCAGGAAACUUCUUCUACCUCCAACAAAUCACAAUCUGGAACACAUACAGAAGACAAAUUUGCAGACUUCAAAGACUGUAGUUUUGAGCAUCACAAGGACCAAGGACAUGUCCAAACAGCUGAUUCAGAGGUGCAGAGUCUAGGAAACCUCCCACAGAGUGACAGCUUUGCAGAUUUCUGCUCAGCGCCCACACAGGAGGAUGGAGAGGGGUCGUGGGCGGAGUUUAAGGACCAGAGGGCUGAGGAGGAAGGGAAAACUUGGACACAGUUCACAGAGCAAGUCAGCAGCCUGCAGACUGAUGGGAGCACUGAGGAGGAGCAGGACAGGGCAGGGCAAUAUGGGGUUUCCAGGAGGAACAGUUGUCAGGCGUCAUUUUCCUGCCGUGUGCAACAGCUUCUCCUGGCCAGUUUUCCCGAGGUAGAGGUCCUAGCUGUGGAGGGUGAGGAGGAGGUGCUCAGCCUCGGCGCUCUGCUUCAUGCCCAACACCUCCCUGAGAGGGACGAGGAGGAGAUACCAGAACUAUGUCCCCAAUCUCAGUGGAUUCAGCAGGGGGUGUGGUGGCCGCACCAGGACCUCCACAGUGCAGUUGGCCUCCAGUUUCAGUGGGGAGGUUCUCAUACAAACAGGACUCUGCUCAGGUGCCUUGGUAUGGACACAAGGAACAUUGUGUUCAUUGGCAUGAAGAAGCAGCCAGUGGCUGUGCCUGCUUUUGCAUCCAGCCUGGGAAUGCUAGAGCCCACCAAAGACUCUGUGCCAGCUGUCUGUUCUCCAGGACACACGGCAGUCACAGCACAAUCACCUCCAGGGCCCCAGGACAUACUAGACCCCUCACCAGAUUCCAUGCAGGAGGCACUCCCCUCCAGCCAGCUGGACUGGAGCAGCCGUGGCCUUAGCAGCUCUCAGGACGGCUGCUCUGCUCUCAACCUGGAUUAUUUUGGUCCUGAGGAGGAGAGCAGAUCCUGCAGCAGCAGCAGCAGUCCUCCUCCAGGAGUUGACCGUGAGCUGUAUGAGUUGACCAUCAGCAAACUGGAAACGGGAGCUAACAGUAGCCACAUGGAGGACACUUUGAAUCGCCUGAUGUCCACUGUAGAGAAAACCAGCACUUCAGUCAGGAAACCUCAGCGGGAUGAAGCGCUGAGUGCAGAGGCUGGCCAGGUGAUCUCUGGCCUGCCUAACCUGUCUUUCAUGCAGGCCAAGGUCCUCAUGUUCCCAAGCAUCCUUGUACCCAAAGAAUGCAGUUCCCCUAAACGACAGUGAUGUGUGAUCUCUGCACACAUUUACACUUAAUGCUUAAUCUACCACCUAUUGCAGUUAAUGCAGGAUUCAAAUACUCCAUAAGUGUGAAGGACUAUAAGGAAACAAGAGACAUUGUCGACUCUAUAACAGUGAGUUGAUCUUCCAGCUUUGGUAAAAAUACUCCACCUGCUGGCUAUCUUCAGUUUUAAGCCUAAAAAAAUUCAGCUCUGUCAGUAGAGAGGCAGCAUACCCUCAUAUGUAUCAGCUCAUGCAUUCAAUGUACAGUAAUCUGCAAAGUGCAAAGAAGCAGGUCUGCAGUUUUAAUCUUGUUUGUUUUACACCAAGUAUUACUCUUCUUUAAGUCGAGUGUUGUGGUGGUGAACUAUUUAUAACUGACCCACACACACAUUUGACUCUAGAUACUGUUACAGCAAACUCACCAACUUAAAUUAUAUUUGAUUAUGUAUUUAUUUAUAUUAUAAAACAUGUCAUCUUAUUUUUUAUGUAAAAUUAUUAUAGAUAAAUGUUAUACUUAAGUGAUAUGGGAGAUGGAAAGAAUGUACUUAGAUAAGGCCUGAGUAAGUAAAGUGGCCUUUGUGAGGGUAUUUUCUUUCUAUGGAAAUUUUUAAAAGUUGAAAUUUCUUCUCUUUUUAUCUUAUGGUUGUAGACUGUCAGCCAGUAAAGCUGGUUAUUUGGCUUUUGAUUCCAGUUGAAAAUAAAACAACUGAAACUGCUUCAGGAUGUCUCUUACAU